ACUCAAGACGUUCCGCCGAGGCUGCAGGCACCUCACUAUGAGCAUCCUGUAGCUGCUGAGCCCGCAGGCCCCACUGAAGCAACGCGGCCGCCUCUUUCGGAAGCUGUCCCUUCAAUCGUAAUUCGAAAAUCGACAGUUGAUCUCAAUCUGUCAAAUAAAGAAGCUGCACAAAAUUUAAUUCUGGCAAUCCCCCAAUCUGAACCUGUUCAUGACGGCGUCACCGAAACAACUCCGACCAAGUCAUUGGCAACCCCACACCACUCGCGACGGAACUCCGGAGAGUCUUCUUCUUCAAACCUGAGCCGGUCAGAUAGUGGAGAGUCAAAAUCGGGGCACUGGCUGAAGGAACAAUUGGAUAGUACGCGGCUGGAAUGUCCCAUGCGCGCUCACUCAUUUAUCGUUCCGAAAGAUGUGCAAGAAAGGCUGAUCACCGAGUCGACGAUUGCGGGCGAUAUACAGGCACACAACGGCGAUAUUGGUGAGAAGGAGGCGGCGGACUUUGCCAAGAAAGCUUGUCAACAUGCCCGUUGUUUGUACGCAACACUUGCCUAUAUCAAGCGCGGUGCCGACAUUUGUGCUUUGCUAAACGAGGGGAUCACCGACAAAGACCUGCCUCUUGUUAGAAAGCCGAACGAUCGCAAUGCACCUCUGUAUCUACGGUGCGGGAAACAUGUCCAGACAAUGACAACUUGGAGACCCAAAUAUCGAGAGAACUUCGAUCGCGUUCAAUGGUGGAUGACUUCCCCGGUAUUCGAGUACGGGGAGCAUUAUUCGUUGGACGAGAAGGCGGUUUUGCCCUUUGUUCCCCUCGAUGCUAAUGAGGCGUCUCUGGGCACGAAGCAAGGAGGUUAUAGUGAGGUUUAUCCGGUUCGCAUUCAUCCAGCCCAUCAUAACUUCUGGAAAAGCACAGCACAGCAGGAAAAUGGGCCUUUGGUGGCCGUGAAACAGCUUUUCUCUUCUGACGAGACGGAAUUUCGGAAAGAAUCCACCAUUUUAAAAGCCCUCGGUCCCAAGAACCACCCUCAUCUCAUUAAGCUUUUGACAACCUAUGAGAUGGGCAAGAAAUAUCACUUGAUGUUUCCCUACGCAAACGCCAAUCUGCGCAAGUACUGGGAAGACCACCCGUUCCCCAGCUUCGAUGGAGAUACGGUGCUUUGGUCCUUGAAGCAGAUGAGCGGCAUUGCCAAGGGACUUCAACUCAUACAUGAUUUUCGAGUCACAGUUCCAUUGUCUGUUCCUGGCGCGGGAACUAUUGACAUCCGAUUGGGGAAAGGAAAAGGCUUGGGGCAACUCAAAGUCGAAAAGGGGGAACAAUGGUUCGGACGUCACGGCGAUAUCAAACCCGAAAAUGUUCUUUGGUUUGCCGAAGAUCACUACUCCCCUUACCCGCACCAUAUGGGCGUCUUGCAGAUUGCCGAUUUCGGGCUGGGACGUUUUCACGGCCGAGACUCCCGAUCAGGUGUUAACCCAGAGACAGUUAAAUCUUCCCCAACAUACGAGCCACCCGAGUGCAAGAUGAAGCUCCCUGUAUCGCGAGCAUACGAUAUCUGGAGCCUGGGGUGCAUCUAUCUGGAAUUCAUCACCUGGCUCUUGCGCGGAUCUGCGGCGAUCGAUGGGUUUGCUGAUUUUCGAGGACGAUACGCCACAGACACUGGGAUCAAUGACGACAAUUUUUUUACUAUUACCACGGAAGAAGGAAUGCCAAAGGCAACUGUCCGCGAACAAGUUUCAGCGUGGAGCGAGCAGUUACAUUCUGACAAGAACUGUUCCAAACUCAUUCAUGAUCUUCUGGACUUGACAAUGUCGGAGCUUCUUGUCAUCGAGAGCGAAAAGCGCAGCAAGGCAAAUUGGCUAUGCAUCCGGUUUCAAAAACUGCUCAACCAAGCGGAGACGAAUUCCGAGUACUGUUUAAAACCUGUUCCCCGAAAGCCAGUCAGUGGGCGCUCGAACUCGGCUCCUCAUCUCGACCCUCCAAAGGCAGAUGGGAAGCGAAAUUCAGUAACCUUCUUAGAGCAAGAGAAACCUAGCUUCUCGAAGACGCAGUUUAAGGUUCACAAUACUGAGAUUCCAAGAGAUUUGGUGUUGAGAAACUUGGGAACUCCAAGCUUCAAGGCCAAGAAUGUUGGCAAGACAACUACUUGGCCACUGCCUCAGCGCCAACAAACUGCGCAUGGCUGA